AUGCAAUAUGAAAGUCGUAUAUUAUUGGACGUACCUUGCCGAGUAUGUCAAGAUCAUUCUUCUGGCAAGCAUUAUGGAAUAUUUAGUUGUGAUGGUUGUGCUGGGUUUUUUAAGCGUUCUAUAAGACGGCAUCGUCAAUAUGUAUGCAAAAAUCGAGGAGGUGGCGAAGAAGGCAAAUGUUUAGUAGAUAAAACUCAUCGAAAUCAGUGUCGUGCAUGUCGAUUAAUGAAAUGCUUACAAAUUGGGAUGAAUAAAGAAGCAGUUCAACACGAAAGAGGUCCAAGAAAUUCAACGCUUCGACGUAAUACUGCUUUUUUUUCAGCGUCUACUUCAACUAGGGAACGAUCGCCAGAAUUUGGAUCAGAAUCAGAUUCAUCAUUGUCUUGUACACUGAGUGAUAUUUCAUUAACAUCGAAGGAUGCUGCAGCUCGUUUAUUUUUUCAAAUUUUACAUUGGUCUAAAUCACUGAUUGUUUUUGCGUGUUUAUCACCUCAAGAACAAGUGGCAGCAUUUACAUCUUCAUGGGGUGUAUUAUUUCUAUUAUCAGCCGUUGAAAACAGGCUUUUGCAAAGUAAUAUCUUAGCAAAUGAGCGUACAAUCAAUAUUCAAAUGAGGAUGAAACUUUUGUCAGCAGUAAGUCAAUUGGAGCAACUUAGGCUUGAUCCAACAGAAUACAAUCAAUUACGACUUUUAAGCCUAAUUAAAGGACGUAAUCCACAAGUAGAACAGCUCACAGCGUUUAAUUUUGCACAACAUCAACAAUUAACUUAUCCAUGUCAACCACUUCGUUAUAUUUCUUGUAUGGUUCUUCUAGAAACAAUGCCUCAGUUAGAAACGAUUCUAUCAGAACUUUACUUCAAGCAGUCAAUCGGAACAGCUUCUAUGUCAGCGCUUGUAGCAGACAUUUUAUUACCUAAAGAAGUUCGAUCAAAACGAACAUUUUUGAAAAAAUAA